GUUAAUUAUUUGGAACAUGUUCAAGCUUUUAUAACAAUUAAAGCAACACGUCGUGGUGAUAUAACUUUAUUCCUUACUUCACCAAUGAAUACUACAUCAAUGCUAUUAAGACGUCGACCAAAAGAUGCUGAUAAUACAAGAGGUUUUACUAAAUGGCCAUUUAUGACUACACAUAUGUGGAGUGAAAAUCCUCGUGGAAAAUGGUUACUUACAAUUGGAUUAGAUUCAAAUUCUAAAGAUCCAUUAGGUUAUGGAAUAUUAACUGAAUGGAUACUUGUUAUUCAUGGUACACAACAACCACCUUAUGCUCAUCUAUCUGAUUCUACUAUAAAUAUUGCACCAAAAUUAGGUAUAGUCAAGAAACAACAUGAAACUAAACGAUUUAAUGCUUGAAAAAGAAGAUCAUUAAAUAAACAUAGAAACCCAUGGAAACAUGGAUUUAAGCAAAUUCAUCUUAUUUUAUUUCGGAACAUUGUAUCAUCAAUGUUGUCUAUUUUAUGACAUACAUAUUUGAUAGUACUCAUAUUCAAUUAUAUAAUGCAAUCAGUCUAUAUCAUCUUAACUGUUGUAAAAUAAUUCUUUCUUUAGAGAAAAAUAAAAAGAAGUACAGAAGUACAUCUUCAUGAUAACAAUUGUAUUAGUAACUAUUGCCUUUCCUACUUUUUUUAAGAGUAAUGCAACAAAGAAAUACAUACAUUACGUCAUUAAUUACAUAUGUCAUAGUUUUUGUGACUAAUUGUCUGUCUAUCUAUCUAUCUGUCUGUCUGUUUGUUUGUCUAUCUAUCUAUCUAUCUAUCUAUCUAUCGAUUUAUUAUUCCAUUCACAAGAUGUAAUAUGUAUUUUAUUAUUAUUAUUUGUUAUGUCUUUCGAAAAUUGUUUGUAAAUGGUUUCAUCACCAUUCAUGUAUGUGAUUAUCAUCUUUAUUCUUGUUUGUCAUGUAUCAACUUUGUGACUUCUUAUUCAUUUCUCCCUUUCAGAAUUGAAUAAAACAGAUUUAUUAAUGUCA